UUUAAUUUCGGACUGUUCAAGCAGAAGUGUGUAUUGAAAAGGCUUGUCUUUCGCGAUUAGAAUGUACCCGGACCCGGUAUCGAAAGUUUGUAACAUUUUAUCAAUUUCGAAAGUGAUAUGCACACGUUGUUAUAGCAUUAUCAUCGAUGCCAAAUUUUUCUGAUAACGAAUGUGAAGCGUUUGGAACUUUCCGGUGACUGCACUUUUGCUCAGUGGUUUGCCAAAAGUGUUCAACAAUGGCUGUGAAAAGUGUUUUCCUCCUAUUGCUGGGGAAUUUCUUACUGAUUUCUGUGCAAUCGCACAAUCCAAGUGAAUUCUUCACCUCGGUGGCCAAUUUGGAGGACCUUCUCGAAAGUGAGCGGACCAUUCUGACACGACUGGAUAAAUACAUUCGGCUAUCUGAGGAGAAAACUAAAUUCCUCAAGCGGCAGAAAGAGCAAAUGAAAAAUGAGAUCAAAGAUGCAUCGAAAGAUCCGAUUUCUUUUCUUUCAAAUCCAAUUAAUGCGUUUUUGUUAAUGAAACGUCUGAUUGAUGAUUAUAAAAAAAUCGACAAUCUCAUGCAAAUGGGACUGGAAGUGCAUCUGUUUGAUGACUCAAUAAAGCAGCCAUCUAAUAAUGAUUACAAAGGUGUCGUUGAGUCUAUGGGCCAUUUGCAAGAAUUGUACAACUUGAAAGCGGAGGAUUUAGCUCGAGGAGAAAUACUAGGACAAGUGAAAACCCGAGAGUUGGCGUCUGAUGAGUGUUACACUAUAGGAGUUAUUAUGACUCAGACUAAACAGCAUGAGCUCGCGAUUGCAUGGCUGAGGGAAGCAUUACGACGAUGGUCAGUGGAACCUGAAAAGGCGAUUAGCAAAUUUGAAAUCUUGGAUUUUUUAACGUACAGCAUGGCUGAGGACGGCCAAUACCAAGAAUCGCUCAAAUACAUCAAUCAAAUGCUGAAAAUCGAUCCAAAACAUGAAGCGACUCUGAAGAAGAAAGAAGUGGUAGAACAAUGGUUGAGUCACAUAGAACAGAAUGGACCGAAGCAAAAGCCUUCGAAGCCUCAUCGAGGAUUGUACGAACCUUUGUGUCGUGGCGAAUACCAGAGAACUCCAGCACAAGUAGCAAACCUUCGAUGCCGAUAUGAGUCGAAAAACUCCUCAUUUCUUAAGAUUGCUCCUUUCAAGUUGGAGGAAGCCAGCUUAGAUCCCUUGAUUGUGAUUUACCACAACGCUAUAUCGGAUAAGGAAAUAGAUCAGAUAAUCCAAGUAAGCAAACCAAUGCUAAAGCGAUCAAUGGUGGGAGAGAGUUUCUCCAAAGAAGUAUCCAACGAAAGAACUAGUCAAAACGCGUGGCUAGCAGAUUACGAUUUUGAAUUGGUCAAAGUGUUAUCUUUAAGAACUGAAGAUAUGACAGGUCUCGAUAGGAAGAGUUAUGAGAGCCUUCAGGUGAACAAUUACGGCAUUGGGGGAUUCUAUCUACCGCACUUCGAUUGGGUAAGAACUAACGGUACAGAGGAACCCUACAAGGACAUGGGACUGGGCAACCGCAUCGCUACUUUGAUGUACUACUUGAGCGACGUGGAACAAGGUGGUGCAACAGUUUUCCCACAAAUCGGAGUCGGUGUAUUUCCCAAGAAAGGUUCGGCUAUCUUUUGGUACAAUCUGCUUCCGGACGGAACCGGUGACGAACGAACACUUCAUGGUGCUUGCCCGGUAUUGCUAGGAUCCAAGUGGGUUGCUAAUAAGUGGAUCCAUCAGUAUCAUCAGGAAUUUAGACGACCUUGCGAUCUACACCCGAAUCAUUGGUGAUCAUGAAUACGCUCAGGGUUGCAGCACCUGUAAAGAAUACGUUUGAGCACCGGUGGGAAUAGUGUACGUAUUCUCACGAUUUGUAUUCAAAAGUAUAGUAAGAGACCGUCCAUGAAUAAUUCGAUCUGUACAAGAGCAUCUGGCUAAAGCCCACUAGUGGCAUUUGUCCAAUAAACGCGAGUCAUUUAAUA